GUGUGUGUGUGUGUGUGUGUGUGUGUGUGUAAGCUUGAGUGUAUAUGUGUGUUGUGCCACUUUAUCAACUUUAUCAACAAAAAUGAUCUCAUGCACUGAUACAAAAUUAACUAUGACGACAGAAACACUGUGACAAAAGCUGUGUGGAUGGAGUCUUUGCGGGGGGUUGGCGGUCUUUCCCGCGAGUAUAAACUGGUAAUGCUGGGCGAAGGAGGAGUGGGUAAAAGCGCCAUCAUCAUGCAGUUUAUCAGUCACCGGUUCCCUGAGGAUCAUGACCCUACUAUAGAGGACGCCUAUAAGACGCAGAUCCGCAUCGACGACGAGCCGGCGAACCUGGACAUCUUGGACACAGCAGGACAGGCUGAGUUCACAGCUAUGCGUGAUCAGUACAUGCGUGCCGGCGAAGGCUUCAUCAUUUCCUACUCCAUCACGGACCGGCGCAGCUUCCAGGAGGCUCGCCACUUCAAGCAGCUGAUCUGCCGUGUACGGCGCACUGUGGACACACCCGUGGUGCUCGUGGGAAACAAAUCUGACCUUGCACACCUGAGACAGGUGUCAGUAGAGGAGGGGAAGGACCUGGCGAGGGAGUUCCAGUGUCCGUUUUUCGAGACGUCGGCAGCCUUUCGUUACUACAUCGACGAGGUUUUCGCCGCUCUGGUGCGUCAGAUCCGUCAGCGCGAGGCUGAGGUGGUGCGCAGCGGCGAGAGAAAGACGCGACGCAGCCGAUCUCUCUGGAGCCGCUUUAAAGCGCCCUUUCGCAAGAAACAGCACUCCGAGAACUGACGUGGCUGUUGGGCGAAGAAGAAGAAGUUACUGCUCCCAUGGUCUCGACCGUAACAUUGUUACCUCCACCCUGUGGAGAGGUGGUGCGGGAAAUGUUAACCUAGUAGUUUAUAAUCUGAUUUCUUUUUUAAUGAAGCACUCUGAAUGGUGUAUCGGUUAUGUUUGAUCAGACACCAGCCUUCGACGUCCAGGACACACUUAUAGCCACGAGAUACCGGCUACUCACUGUUACCUUUACCUGAGGCGCAAUUCUUCAUAAUACUGUAUCUAGUGAAACGUAUUAAACUUGACUUUAGUUACAAGGAGCUUAGCUUUCGAUGUUGACUUUCAGGGGAACUGUAGUACCUCUAAUUUUUAACCAGUGGGAUGAAAUCCGAAGGUAGGGGAGAUACCGAGGAACUGAUAAAGAACGAGAGAGUUAUGUAGCUAUAUAUAUAUAUAUAUAUAUAUAUAUAUAUAUAUAUAUAUAUAUAUAUAUAGCAGGGUCUGAAAUGACAGCAUUUUUUCCACUGUGGCAGUAAAUAACAACAGAUUUAACCCUGAUCUUUCUUAAAGUUUGUUAAAACACUUCUUCCAGUCAGUGUAUCAUCACACAGCCAUAUAUACACAAUGGUGCUUAAAGAUACACUGAACAGUAUCAGUCCUCUGGUACAGUACGUGAGGUCUCUAGAGUUUUUUUAGUUCCCCAGUGUGUGUGUUUUGUGACAUGACAUACAGUUAAGUACAGUGACCCGUACUCAGAAUUUGUUCUUUGCAUUUAACCCAUCCAAAGUUCACACACACAGCAGUGAACAUACACACACUGCGGGGGGGUCGGUGCCUUAGUCGUAUUAUUGCUGGCCUGAGACUCGAACCCACAACCUUAGGGUUAGGAGUCGAACUUUUAAACGUUUAGCUGUGUCUUAGGAGAGCUUAAAAACCCAACACAUCCACACGUAACGACAGUAUCAAUCCAACACACAAAAUAGAGACAAACUACAUGGGCUGAGGUUUCGUUUCAGGUUCGAAAGCGAAAUCACAAUAAAAACCUCUGACAAAAUCCUAACUGUCACCGUGGACAACCGAGAUGGAGAACCAUUUCAGACCCUGAUCAUGUGGUUCAGAACAGGCUUCAGGUUUGCCUCAGAGUGUUUAGAGCAUGUGAGGAAAAAGAGAUGAAAAGAGAAAGAUUAAAUAAUGUGCAGGAUGUGUUUGAUAGGUGUGAGGUUCGAAUGCAGGUGAAUAAAGGAUCGCGUAACGUUUUCUUUCUUGCUGGUUCUAAUUUUCGUCGUGUUUGUUUGUAGAUCCAGAUCACAGUUUUGCAGCUCUGAGGUUUUUAAUGUGGUUUAUAUCCUAAACAGCUCCCUACAGAGCGCUAGAGUGCGGUGUUGAAGCCACAACAUCAAACCCUGUGCUUUUAAAAAGGAAGUAGGGAGGCAUUCGGCCUGAGGCUCAUUUGAGAGUAGUGUUAUUUUUUAAAUGAGCAGUGAAACACACACAUAUUCACACACACUGGGAAAGGCACAGCACACAGCAUAAGGACGUAUGUAAUGUUAUAAACUUUAAAGAUCACACUAGGAUUCUGAUGUAAUGUUAGCUUAUGUUCACUUCUUUCUUUCUUUCUUUUUUAAAUAACAAACUGCAUUAAUUUAAGUCAUGAUUCAUCCAAACACACUGGAACUCAUCUCGCAUGUCUGGGAUUUGUCGUGACGAGAGUCAUCACAGCACAAGAGGACACACUUCUAGGGAUUUGUAACCUCUCGUUUUGCAUCCCGUUGGUAUUUUCGGACUUGUUCUCUAUGUUAGAUGGCGUACAAAUGUGAUACCUUCACAAAUUUCUUUUUUUUUUUUUUAAUCAAUUUUGUGCAAUUACUUCAUGAAAAACCUAAAUGGUAUGUCUGAUUAUUGUUCGUUUUUGUUUUUUAACUGUGAGAUUUUUUUUUUCUCUCAACUGUGUGAUCAUGAAUACUAUAUUUUCUUUAAUUUAUUUUCAUCAGAGAUUCUUAAAUAAAAUGGUGUAGCUGA